CGCGGCGUCUGAGGGACAGUCGCUCCGGAGAGAAGUCGACUCGUCCAGCGGCUUGGAGACCCGAAGAGACACCGGCACCGAAAACAACAACAGAACACUGAUCUUGGACGGGUCAGGCCAUGUAAAAUUCUGUGUGGAUGCCAGCAAGCCAGAUAUCGGGAGCUGGCUGAAGUACAUCCAGUUUGCCCCUGCGGCCAAGCAGCACAACCUGACAGCGUGCCAGAUAGAUGAUCAGAUCUUCUACAAAGUCACCAGAGAGAUUUUCCCCGGUGAGGAGCUGCUGCUUUUCAUGAAGGCUGAAGAGUAUUCAUGUGAUACCAUGGCUCCGGAUAUUCAUGAGGAGAGGCAGUACCGCUGUGAGGACUGUGACCAGCAUUUUGAGUCCCGUAGCCAGCUGUUGGACCACCAGAAGCAGCCGUGUGGGAUGCCCCCCUCCUCCUUCCUUAACCCAGGAGGGGACGGUGACUUGAAGGGCCAGGAACCUCAAGACUUGAGACCCCUCCACAUGUCCCAUGGUCUACUUGAGUGUAAGGAGUGUGACCAAGUCUUUCCUGAUGUCCAGAGUCUGGAGGCCCACACCCUGUCCCACUCUGAAGAGAGGGAAUACAAGUGUGACCAGUGUCCCAAGGCCUUCAACUGGAAGUCAAACCUGAUCCGGCAUCAGAUGUCUCACGACAGUGGCAAGCACUAUGAAUGUGAAAACUGCUCAAAGCAGGUGUUCACAGACCCCAGUAACCUGCAGAGGCACAUCCGCUCGCAGCACGUCGGGGCACGGGCCCACGCCUGCUCUGACUGCGGGAAGACGUUCGCUACGUCUUCGGGCCUCAAGCAGCAUAAGCACAUCCACAGCAGUGUCAAGCCCUUCAUGUGCGAAGUAUGCCACAAGUCCUACACCCAGUUCUCUAACCUGUGCCGCCACAAACGCAUGCAUGCUGACUGCCGCACGCAGAUCAAGUGCAAGGACUGCGGGCAGAUGUUCAGCACCACAUCCUCCCUCAACAAGCACCGGCGCUUCUGUGAAGGGAAAAACCAUUUCACAGCAGGAGGAUUGUUUGCCCAGGGUAUGCCACUCCCUGGUGCCCCUGGCUUGGACAAAGCCGCUCUGGCAAUGGGCCACAGCAGUGCUGGGCUGGUUGAUUACUUUGGGGCAAGUCGCCACCACGGCGGGCUUACCUUCCCUGCUGCCCCGGCAUUUCCCUUCAGCUUCCCUGGCCUCUUCCCCUCUGGACUCUACCACCGGCCUCAGCUCAUUCCUGCCACCUCUCCUGUCAGACAAGCGUCCCAUGCAUCCGUCGGGCCUGGUGGAGAGCUGAGUAAGAGUCCACUGCUGCCCCCAAGCCCUGGGGUUCAGGAGUCCAGAGAGCUCCUUAAGGCACUUCGUAAAGAUGGUGGUUUACCUGGCAACCACAUGCUGGGCUCAGAGCACCAUGCCCAGAGCUCUUCAUCUUCCACAAAGCAGCGGAACAAGCAGAGUGACCAGUCCGAGAGCAGCGACCUGGAUGAUGUCAGCACACCCAGCGGAAGUGACCUGGAGAGCACAUCGGGGUCAGAGCUGGAGAGUGACAUGGACAGUGAGAGGGAAAGGGGGGCUGCGAGAGAAAAUGGGAAAGGCCCAAAGAGAAAGGCCAGUGAAGGAGGCCCUCAAAGCCCCAGCCUGACUGGAGGCAGUGCUGCUAAAGACUUUCCGGGCCCUGCGCUCAUCCCAUCCUCGCUGGACGAGCACACAGCUGUUACAGGGGCUGUAAAUGACUCUAUUAAGGCCAUUGCCUCCAUUGCCGAGAAGUACUUUGGCUCCACAGGACUGGCUGGCCUGCAGGACAAGAAGGUCAGCUCUCUGCCCUACCCCUCUAUGUUCCCACUGCCAUUCUUCCCAGCUUUCUCUCCUCCAGUUUACCCUUUUCCAGAUAGAGACCUCAGACCUCCAGGCUUAAAGCGCGAGCCACAGUCUCCGGCAGAAGACUGCAAGAAGGCCCAGGGCAAAUCGUCAACCGAGUCACCAUUUGACCUCACUACUAAGCGGAAGGAGGAGAAGUCUGCUGCCUCUGCCCCCUCCAAAUCAGAGGCGCCCAACUCCAGUGGUCAGGAUCAACCGCUGGAUCUGAGCCUGGGGACAAGAGGCCGUGGUUGCAAUCCGAGAGAAGAGGAGACAAAGAAUAACAUGGGUUAUGAGGAGGAGAAAGCAGUGGUGGAGAUCCCGAAAGCUGACACUUCCUUGCAGCAUGCCAGGCCAACUCCUUUCUUCAUGGACCCCAUCUACAGGGUUGAGAAGAGGAGAAUGAGCGAUCCGUUUGAGUCUCUGAAAGACAAGUACAUGCGGCCAGCUCCAGGCUUUCUCUUCCAUCCACAGUUUCGUUUGCCAGAUCAGAGGACUUGGAUGUCGGCCAUAGAGAACAUGGCAGAGAAGCUGGAGACGUUUGGGUCCUUGAAGCCGGACUCUGGUGACCUGCUGCGCUCCGUCCCCUCCAUGUUUGACUUCAGAGCCCCACCGUCUGCACUUCCAGAGACGUUGCUACGCAAGGGCAAGGAGCGCUACACAUGCAGAUAUUGUGGAAAAAUAUUCCCUCGCUCUGCUAACCUGACACGCCACCUCAGGACUCACACAGGAGAGCAGCCCUACAGGUGUAAAUACUGCGACCGCUCCUUCAGCAUCUCCUCCAACCUGCAACGUCACAUUCGCAACAUUCACAACAAAGAAAAGCCCUUCAAGUGUCACCUGUGUGAUCGUUGCUUUGGUCAGCAGACCAACCUUGACCGGCACCUCAAGAAGCACGAGAAUGGCAACCUGUCAGGCACUGCAAUGUCGUCCCCACGGUCUGAACUGGACAGUGGCAGCGCCAUUUUGGAUGAUAAAGAAGACUCUUAUUUCAAUGAAAUAAGAAACUUCAUCAGCAACGCAGGCCAGAACCAGACAUCACCGGACCCCUCUGAGGAAGGGUUAAACGGUGGUCUGUUUGAGGAAGAGAAGCCGCUGAUGGCCAGCCAAGGGUCACGUGACCUGGAAGAUGAGGAAGUGGAGGACCUCGGUGCUGAUGAAGAUGAAGGAGACGAGACGAGCCACACCCCAGGGAAGCAGGAGGGCGAGGUGCAUCCUAGCAGCAAUGACAUCAUACAAGAUGAGAUGGACUUCAGUGAGCCCAACGACAUAAACCUCAACUGCAAAACCUCUCCCAAGAGGUACAACGAUGAAGAGGAGCAGAGUGGCUACUCGGCCUUGGAUCAUAUUCGUCACUUUUCAGACAUGCGCAAGCUGGAGGAGAGUGAGCUGAGUGACGGGGACGUAGACGCAGAUGAGGACGAUGGAUCCUUCAGCUCCCCUUCUCUGACUGAAGCAGUAAAACAGCCACUGUUUAGAAAAUCCAAGUCUCAGGCGUAUGCCAUGAUGCUGUCUCUGGCUGAAAAGGACUCUCUCCACCCGGCCACCCACAACCCGGCCACCAUGUGGCACAGUCUGGCUCGGGCUGCUGCUGAAUCAAGUGCCAUCCAGUCCCUCAGCCAUGUAUGAUGACACCCCUCAAGCGCUUUCCCUUUCACCUUUCAACCCCCAGAACCUGACCUAUAGCACUGGGAGCCCAUUAAGGGGUCUACGUGCGGUGGCCCCUGAUCGUUCCACAGAGUGACUGCUGAGCAGAACCACGGCCCAUCUGACUGCUGAGCAGACCGCCUUACUCACAGAGCAGGGUCCCUGUUCCUGCAGAGCCCACACAGCCCGAACCUCAAAAAAAAAAGCCCAUCAGAUAGAGAACAAUACGUCCCUCUGAGACCUUAAAAAAUAAAAUUUCAGAAAUAACUCCAUCCUGGUGAUAGCAAUGGUGAUGAGGAUGCGGUGAAAAUAAUAAUGCUAAAGUAAUAAUAGCUGUAUUUAUUCUGCUGAAUUUCUAUGUUUUGCACAGCAAAGGCAGCUGGUGGACAUGGAAGAAGGAUGUGCUGAUGUAUCAUCGCUACAGAGCACAUCCAAAACAAGGAGAACAUUCUAUGCUGAAAAGGUGAUUGUGGUUGUGUCUCUAAGACAGUUUCAGCCCAGGAUGUUUCACUGUGUGCAUAAGAAGCCUGACUCAUCUGACUAAAUUCUGUACAAAUUACCUGUAACCCCUAGCGAUCCACAGGAGUUCCUCAUAAAUAUGUACUUGAUGAUAAAAAUGAAGGGUGGGGUUAGUAACCUCAGUGCAAAUGGAAACACUUCAUGUAAGGACAGCGUUAGCGGCGCUUUAAUAUAACUAAAGUCAUUGAAGAACAAGUAAAAAAAAAAAAAGUCAUUGUUGAACUGAAAUCAGGCCAGUUUCCCAUUAUGUGUUUUCAUGGCUGCGUGUGUCUGCACAAUCAUAGCACUGUACACAAGUGUCGACCAACUGUUCUCGUCUGCACUCCAUCCUGCCCGCCUGCUCUAUCUGUGAAAGGAUAUAAAUAGAUUGUCUUUUUAGUGGAAGAGAAGAAAAACACAAUGUUUCCUUUUUUGUAUGUUUGUUUUUUACUGAGAUAAGUAGUCAGUGCUGAAGUUAAUUGUUGUUCUGUAAAGGACAUAUGUCUUUCUUUUUUUUUCCCCCCAAGGCCCUCAAAUCCAUCCUAGUCAUGUCAGCCAACAAUACCACUAAUUAGCCUGAAUGCUAGUCGUUAGCUUCUCCAUGCUCGUGUGUCUUUCAUUUUUAGACAAUCAUUAUUUUGUUUCCAUUUUUUUUGUUGGUGUUGUUGUUGUUAUUUGCUGUUGUAUGUUGAGAACUGUAUUUAUUUCUUGGCAAACUGUAGUUUGUUUACUGAAUAGCACUGCUCUUAGCCCAGGUGAAGGGGAGAUUCCUCACCGGGCCUAUCCCAGAGUUCCAUGGGGUUUGUAGAUUGCAUUUGAGUGCCGGAUAGUAUUAAAUAUACACUUCACUCCUUAUUCUUCUAAUGAAACCGGUCGAUGAAUAGAUAUGAUGUAGUUUUUUUUUUUUCUAUGACAAUUUAACGAUUCAAUUGUAAAAAAUGAAAAACAAUAUAAAGAAUGAGUAAUAAAAAAAAAAAAGCCAGGUAUAAUUUCUUCAUAAACGCAUGAUUGGUCUGGUAAGAUCUGUAUCUGACAUUUUCUACGGUUGUCUGCAAGCUUGUGUGAUGUUCGGUUCAUGUUAAUCUCUUGUGCCAAACUUAUGAUAAAUAACAGAUUACUUUCAUUUAUUCUCCCGUUUUGAGGGACCAGAUUUUCUGUUUGUUUUUGUCGUUGUUUUGUUUAUAAUCGAUUUUAAAAAGUAAUCAGCAAGUUGAGGUACUUUGUUUUAAUGCUUUCUACAAUGUAACUGUUAUGCAUUUCAAUUCAAUACUGUGGGAGGAACAACUAUGAAAUAAAGGAUUACAAUAUG